UUCUACAUCAUUGGUUGGCAGUACUCUUGCAACUAUUAAAAAAACCACCUAGCUUAGACAGAUACCUACUAAUUUACAUAGUAGUACUGGUCCAUCCUGCUAGCCUUGGUAUAAACCAGAAGAAUCAUAGUUUCUCUUCUUCCUUCACAGUUCCUCUAAAAAUGAAGUUCAAAGCAAUUGAGUUUCCCAGUAUCUCCAAAAACAUUGUCCUGCCAAUCCUAACCUUACUUCUCCUCACCACAAUCCCUCUCUGCUACAUAUAUGACACUUCACCUUCCCUCUUGCCCUCUCUAGAGAUCAUCAACAACAACGGCUCAAAUUCAAUCCCUAUCCACUCAAAAAACAACCCCUCUUCAUCAUUGCCGUCGCUUGAGAUCAUCGACAAUAAUGGUUCAAUCCCUAUCCAACUGACAAACAACCCCUAUUCACCAUUGACGUCUCUUGAAAUCAUCAACAACGAUGGUUCAACCCCUAUCCACCAGAAAAACAACACGUCUUCACCAUUGCAGUCUCUAGAGAUCAUCAAUAACAAUGGCUCAAAUUCAAUCCCUAUCCACCAGAAAAACAACCCCUCCUCACCAUUGCAGCCUCUUGAGAUCAUCAACAACAAUGGUUCAAUCCCUACCCACCAGACAAACAACCCUUCUUCACCAUUGCAGUCUCUUGAGAUCAUCAACAACAAUGGUUCAACCCCUAUCCACCCGAAAAACAACCCCUCCUCACCAUUGCAGUCUCUUGAGAUCAUCGACAAUAAUGGGUCAAUCCCUAUCCAAUCAGAAAACAACUCUCCCUCACCAUUGCAGUCUCUUCAUAUUGAUACCAGUGUUACGAUCCCUACCAAUGAUUCAAAAAACCCAUUGUGGCCUCUAAAGGUUAACAAUGGUUCAGACAAUCCAUUGUCAUCGUCAUUGCAGACUAGUAGUCAGAUUGUUACUAAUGCUUCAACAAGUGUUGGCUUCGAACAAGGUUGUGAUAUUUUUAAGGGGAACUGGGUUCCAUAUCCGAAGGGGCCUUAUUACACAAAUGAAACAAAGUGUGUAAUUGACGACAGGCAAAACUGUAUGAAGUAUGGGAGACCAGACAACGAUUUCUUGAAAUGGAGGUGGAAACCAGAUGAGUGUGAGCUGCCUCCUUUUGAUGCUGUGAAGUUUUUGGAGAUAGUUAGAGGGAAGAGUUUGGCCUUCGUUGGGGACUCGGUGGGUAGGAACCAAAUGCAGUCGCUGGUGUGCCUCUUAGCUAGUGCAACCAAUCCUGUAGACGUUUCCUAUACACCAGACACAAGAUUCAGACGGUGGCUCUACAUCGAUUACAAUUUUACCAUAAUAGCCCUGUGGUCCCCCCUCCUUGUCAAGUCUGAGGAAACCAACCCUCAAGGCAUUCUCAUGAACCUGUACCUAGAUGAACCUGACUCGGCUUGGACCUCUCAGAUCAAAAAUGUCGACAUUGUCAUCCUCUCCGGCGGCCAAUGGUUCUUCCGGCCAUUCAUGUACUAUGAAAAGGGCAAAAUCAUCGGAUGCUAUGCAUGCAAUAAAAAAAACGUCACCGAUCUCAUCAUAUUCUAUGGGUACAAGAGGGCGUUCAGAACAGCCUUUAGGACCCUUUUGGGCCUUCAUAACUUUAAAGGGAUAGUUUUUCUAAGGGCGUUUUCGCCAUCACACUAUGAGCAAGGAGAGUGGAACAACGGAGGGCGGUGUGAGAGAACAAGGCCGUUUACAAAGCAACAAGUAAGGUCGGAUUGGUAUAAUUUGGAGAUGUACAAUACUCAAGUAAAGGAGCUAAAAGCGGCGGAGAGGAGAGGGAGGAAGAAAGGGUUGAGAUUUAGGUUGUUAGAUACUACAAAGGCAAUGAUGAUGAGACCAGAUGGUCACCCUAACCAUUAUGGGCACUGGCCAGAGGAGAACAAGACUAUUGCUGACUGUGUCCACUGGUGCAUGCCGGGUCCUAUCGACACGUGGAAUGAAUUUUUGAUUCAGAUGUUGAAGAUGGAAAAAUAAACGCUUCGCUUCAAAUAACAAUAUUGUGAUAUGUAUCCAUAUCCGUGAUACAAUCAAUAUACCAUGUAAAUGUCGAUGAUAUUUCAACUUGUUGAUCAAUUGAUAGAAAUUUGUUUGAUUCAUACUAGAAAAAAAUUUCAUAAGAAUUUUAAUUCAUCCUAUGUUUUUCAUACAGUUGCAAUUACAUAGUUUCUAUUUGAAUGUCUAGCAACAAUUUGUAGA